AUGCGUUUCUCUUUUAUCUCGGCGGCUGUCUUGGGCCUUAUCAGCUCAGUCAAUGCUUGGGGUGGUCUUACUCCCGAUAGCCCAAGAUUCCGAACAUUGGAGCGUCACGGUCUCACGGUCUUCAAGCAUGCUGCCACCAACACCAAGCUGGAAUAUGUCAGUAACUCUGGAAUCUGCGAGACUACGCCUGGAGUUGAUCAGCACUCCGGGUACUUGAAUGUCGGAAAGAACCAUAGCAUGUGGUUCUGGUUCUUCGAAGCCCGCAAUAAACCAGAGGAUGCGCCUCUUGCCAUCUGGCUCAACGGUGGUCCUGGAUGUUCUUCCAUGGUCGGUCUCUUCACUGAACAUGGACCAUGCCAUUUCGUCGGUAACGAUACUGAGCCAACCCUGAACCCUCACUCAUGGAACGAGUACGCAAACAUGCUCUAUAUCGACCAGCCCAUCGGUUCUGGCUUCAGCACUGGCACCGAAGACGUCAACUCGACAGCCCAGGCAGCUCCUUACAUCUGGAAGUUCAUGCAAGUCUUCUUGGAUAAGUUCCCCAAGUACAAGACACGAGAGUUCGGCCUCUUCACUCAAUCAUAUGGUGGACACUACGGUCCUGAGUUCGCCGACUACUUCCUCAAGCAAAAUGACAAGAUCGAGAAGGGUGAUGUCGAUGGCCACAAAAUCGAUAUGGUUGCGCUGGGCAUCAACAACGGCUGGAUCGAACCCAAGAGACAAUUCAAGUCCUAUGCCACAUACGCAAACCGAAACCCUUACAAGAAGAUCCUCACAGAUAAGAAGAUGAGGACUGCUCUCGACUCAUACUACAAGUACUGCCUACCUCUCAUGGAGAAAUGUACCGAACUCGAAGGACAAGACGAAGAGUGUGCCAAGGCCGAUGAGGCUUGCAACACUCAAAUGUUCACCAACCUCGUUAUCGCCAGCGGUACCGACUUCAACGUUUACGAUGUACGCAUCGGACAAAGCGACGUUGACCCGCCAGACAAUUUUCUUGAAUACCUCACAAGAGCCGAGGUCAUGGAUGCGAUUGGUGCCAACACCCCGUUUACCGAGUGUAGUGACACAGUUUACGCAAACAUGGCGAAAACGGGAGAUGGUUCGCGUUCUUACGUGGGGCCUUUGGCUGAUGUUGUGAAGCGUGGUAUCAACACUCUCAUCUGGGCUGGUGAUACUGAUUGGAUUUGCAACUGGGAGGGUGUCCUCUGGGCGUCUUAUGCGCUCGAGUGGCCUGGCCAGAAGGAAUUCGUAGCAGCGAAUUUCAGCAACUACAACGUCGAUGGAAAGCCUCACGGUCGAUACAAGACGGUUGACAAUCUAUCCUUCUUGAAGGUUUGGGGAGCUGGUCAUUCAGUGCCAUACUAUCAGCCGGAGACAGCACUUCAGGUGUUCAAGCAGGUCAUGCAGAAGAAGGCCAUCAAGUCAACCUAA